CUAGCUAAGGUGGUAGAGGCCAGUGAUUCUCCAGGCCGCUUCUUCUAGAAAAGUCAUCUUCUCGCGAACCUUUAAAGUCCCUGCCUCCGGAGGCACCUCAAGGGACUAGGACUGACUGCCUCAUCUUUUUCCUCCUUCCCAAAGUCCCGUUUGCUAUCAUGGGGAUGUACCAAGUGAGACGGAGUAGGGGGACCGAGUGGUGACCGGCACGCUGGUCACUGGCUGCUGCCCACUUCAGCGUUAGCAAACUUCUAGCAAGAUCGGAACUGAGUACUAAACAACCUCUACACUUCCCCCCUGGCGCCAUUCCAGGGCCGGCGCCACAUUCCCCAGUGGGCACGCAAUGGCCGCGCCCCCUCCCGCUGCGGACGGGUCUUUUGGUACAUGCAGUCCGAGGUCGCCAUGGAUCGGAUGAAGAAGAUCAAACGGCAGCUGUCAAUGACACUCCGAGGGGGCCGAGGUGUAGAUAAGACCAAUGGUGCCCCUGAACAGAUAGGCCUGGAUGAGAGUGGCGGCGGCGGCGGCAGUGACCUUGGAGAGGGCCCCACACGUGCUGCCCCUGGUGAACCUCGCUCUGGACGGGGCCCACUCAGCUCUGCACCAGAGAUUGUACACGAGGACUUGAAGAUGGGGUCUGACGGGGAAAGUGACCAGGCUUCAGCCACGUCCUCGGAUGAGGUGCAGUCACCAGUGAGGGUGCGCAUGCGCAACCAUCCUCCACGCAAGAUCUCCACUGAGGACAUCAACAAGCGCCUAUCACUACCAGCCGACAUCCGGCUGCCCGAGGGCUACCUUGAGAAGCUGACCCUCAAUAGCCCCAUCUUCGACAAGCCCCUCAGCCGCCGCCUCCGCCGUGUCAGCCUGUCUGAGAUUGGCUUUGGGAAACUGGAGACCUACAUCAAGCUGGACAAGCUGGGAGAGGGUACCUAUGCCACCGUCUACAAAGGCAAAAGCAAGCUCACAGACAACCUCGUGGCACUCAAGGAGAUCAGACUGGAACACGAAGAGGGGGCGCCCUGCACCGCCAUCCGGGAAGUGUCCCUGCUCAAGGACCUCAAACACGCCAACAUCGUCACGCUACACGACAUUAUUCACACGGAGAAGUCCCUCACCCUUGUCUUUGAGUACCUGGACAAGGACCUGAAGCAGUACCUGGAUGACUGUGGGAACGUCAUCAACAUGCACAAUGUGAAACUGUUCCUGUUCCAGCUGCUCCGUGGCCUGGCCUACUGCCACCGGCAGAAGGUGCUACACCGAGACCUCAAGCCCCAGAACCUGCUCAUCAAUGAGAGAGGAGAGCUCAAGCUGGCCGACUUUGGCCUGGCCCGGGCCAAGUCAAUUCCAACGAAGACCUACUCCAAUGAGGUGGUAACACUGUGGUACCGGCCCCCCGACAUCCUGCUCGGGUCCACGGACUACUCCACUCAGAUUGACAUGUGGGGUGUGGGCUGCAUCUUCUAUGAGAUGGCCACAGGCCGGCCCCUCUUCCCGGGCUCCACGGUGGAGGAACAGCUGCACUUCAUCUUCCGCAUCUUGGGAACCCCAACUGAGGAGACAUGGCCGGGCAUCCUGUCCAAUGAAGAGUUCAAGACAUACAACUACCCCAAGUACCGAGCCGAGGCCCUUUUGAGCCAUGCACCCCGGUCCCCUUGUCCUUGUGGUAGACUUGACAGCGACGGGGCUGACCUCCUCACCAAGCUGCUGCAGUUUGAAGGUCGCAAUCGGAUCUCCGCAGAAGAUGCCAUGAAACAUCCAUUCUUCCUCAGUCUGGGGGAACGGAUCCACAAACUUCCUGACACUACUUCCAUAUUUGCACUAAAGGAGAUCCAGCUACAAAAGGAGGCCAGCAUUCGGUCUUCGUCAAUGCCUGACUCAGUUGCCGGCGGACAGCAUGGCCGUGCCAGCCUCCCACACUGAGGCCAGGCCUAUACCCCUCCCCAUCAUGCCCCGCCCCCGCAGGACCACUACCCCACGGCAAGCCAGGGGUCUGGAGCUAGCCCAGGCUGGGGAUCUCAACUCAGACAAGACACAGUGAUGCCUUGGAUCUGAGGCUCCCCUGUCUGCUUUCCUGCCUGCCCCACCUGCCUCAUGUUGUGUGGGCCUUUUUCUUUUUGUUUGUUUCAUUCAUUGUUGUUUUUUAAUUAUUUUAAAUGAGGUUUUCAUUUUUUAAAUGCAAUAUCUCUGUAUACAGGCUGGCUGGGCCCCACCCACUGUGUGGCCCUCCCACAGUAUUUUGUGCAAUGAAGCCCCGCUCCCAGCCUUUCCAUGGCAGGGACACAACCCCUAUUCAAAACCCUGACCAUCACCAGACCCUGGGGUCAGCUAAGGGAAAGCAUGCCUCGACCACUCGCCUUCCGACCCCCACCUGCCAUCCCCAGCUGCAGGGGGACUUGGGGACUACUGGAGACUCUCUGGGAGAUAGAUGAGGUGGGGGGUCCCCACUCUUUCCCUCCUGCAGUCCCAUAGCAGGGGCCUCCUUCUCAGGGUCUCCCUAGCCCAGCCCUCCUGCCCCCGUCCCACUCGGUGCUGUUGAGUAGGGGCCCUGCCAGGAACUGACCAACUCGGCAAGGAGCCAUAGUGUGUGUAUGUGCACAGGCAGGGACAGAGGGGCACGUGGGGGGGGGGUGUGCCCAGGCGUUACCCCCUAACCCCUGGGGAAGAUGAGGCAGGGCAGGGACAGUCUCUGGGGUCAGCCUCCAGAUGGGUGGUUACCUCCCCUUCACUCUAAACCCUGGGGCCCUCGAAUGGGGUGGGAGGGCA